AAUACAAUAUUUACUCAGAGCAGAUUAGCAGGGCGAGUUGUAAACUCAGCCAAAAUGAACUCAAUCAACUCGGCCAUGGACAUCGAUGAGCAGAAAGACCACGAAGAUCCGCUUCUCAAAUUCAUCGAUUACGCCAGGUCCGUCCUCUCGCCCGAAACGGACGAAAAUCUGGAUCCGAAUCAAAACGGAGCGGAGACCAGUACUCGACCCAGCUGGAACUGGACCGCCUCUCGGAUCCUCAAGACUUGCAGCGCCUACUCCAGCGGCGUCACCACCGCGAUUCUGCUCUCAGACCUCGCCCAGGCGUGGAGCGAGCAGCGUAGGGACAGGCCUCCGAAGAAGAUGCCAGAAUGCGUGAAGCAGUUGAGGAAGAAGCAUAAGAGGAGGAAGCUUCCGAACACCGUGACGAUUGACUCCAUUUAUGAGAAGAAUUUCUUGUCAUUGAGUAGUGUUUUGGAGGCCGUUGUUGUGGAGGCUUUUGUUCUUCCGGGUACCAACAUCCAUAUGCUUUCCUUGGGGGAUUACUGGAGCUCCAAUACCAUUGACAUUUAUCUCCACCGCCGGUACUGUGACUUAGUAGAUCCCCGUAAUGGGAUUCUGAAGAAGGGGAGGGAGAUCUUCCUCACUGGGUGCUAUCUUCGUCCUGCCACCGGAGGAGGAUCUAGCUAUCCACGGUUGUUGCCAACGGAAUAUCUAGUGAUAUUGCUAGAUGAGGAUGACGAUGGUGAUUCAUUGUUCAUAGGAGCUAAGUUUUAUUCGGAUUCAUUCUCUUCAAUUUCUGCAGCUAAUAAAGAUGUCCCUUAUUCAUUGUAUGCAAGAAUUGAAUCUAUUGGGCCACUGGAAGUUCAUGGGAAGUUUGGAACUUUACAGAGAAAACAAAUUACUCUUGUUAACGAUGAUGACGUCAAGCUACAAUUUCUGCUGUGGGGUGAUCAGGUUGUCCUGGCCAAUCUUUUGAGUGUGGGAAGUAUGCUUGCACUGGAUAAACCAUAUGUCUCUAAAGCUAUAGAUAGUGGUAUCGAAACAAGUGGUGAAGUUUGCCUUGAAUUUGGUAGUGCAACACAAUUGUUUUUGGUGCCUUUCAUUCAACAUGAGGAGCAAGUAUGUGUGGCACUGACACCAAAUCGGUAUCAAGGGUCAAGACUUCUGAGCACAAUAGAUCCCAGUCAGGGUCCACAAGUUUCUCAAGUUUCUCAAGUUUCCUUGCCCUGUGAUUCACAUGGGUCUAUUGACUUCAGUAGCUAUCCUUUCCGAUCAUUUGUUUCUGGCCUUCGUGACAAGAUGACUGGUGUCAGUCUUUAUGGUGUUGUUACCAAUAUUGUCAAAGAAAAACAUACGACAGAAGCAGUCUUCUCCUUGAGAAUUGAAGAUACCACCGGACCAAUUUGGGCAAAGUUGCAUUUUGUGAAGAAUUGGUCGCUUGGAAGGUUAAGCCUUGGUCACACAGUGUACAUAUCAGGCCUGACAUGCUCUAUGACAAAGCGGAAGUGCUUGGAAGCAUCAUGGUUCGAGAACAGUGCUGGAGCUUCUUUCUUCAACCUCAGUUGCUUGCCAGCAUUACUAAAUUCAUCUUGUCUUUGUAAGUUGUCAAGGCUCGCUGAUCUAUCCAGCCAGGGUAGCUGCACGCAGAUAGUUCAGGUUUGGGCAGUUUGGCUGGGGGCUCAGUCCAAUGUCAGUACAAGAUUUUCACAUACCACAUGUGGCCAUUUCGUUAUUGAGCACCCCAAUGGGGUUAUGGAGUGUAGCUUCUGUAAUGACAACAACUGUGGCGCUGAAGUUAUCCGCACUUUCCACCUGAAAGUCACUCUUGCAGACGAGAGUGGGAAGGUUUUUGCGUGGUGUACUGGUCAUGCUGCUGCAGAGUUGCUGCAAAUAUCUCCUGACGAAUUCCAUGAACUGCCUGAGGAUGAACAAGAUAUGUAUCUGGCUUCCUUAGCGAAAGAGCGAUUCACGGUCGCGAUUGUUAACUGCAAGCGGGGGGGUUGUGAAGGCAGUGAUGCUCUUAUGCAAGAAAUUGAAGGCGUCUCAUGGGAGAUCACUCGGGCAUUGAACAAUGAAUAAUUCGUUGGCUUGAAGAUGUAAUAUUUUUAAUCGUCGAGUAGGUAGUUCAAUUUUGUAUGAGCAAAAUAUAAUAAGAAAUUGAUAUAUUUUUGGUGCAAAUGAAGUGGAAAAGAUUUCAGAAAAA